AGUCCUGUAGGACCGGGGGCAAGUCGUGGACCCCUCGGGUCUCAGUGGCCUCCCCUGUAACAGGGCUGCAGGUGAUUCCAACAGCCCCGCCCCCGCCUUUUUUCAUUGUGCUAAAGUACAAGUCACGAAAUUGACCAUUUCGACCGUAUUUAAGCGUACCAUUAAGUGGCAGUUAACAAGUAUUCAUGACGUUGCAGAACCGUGGCCACCACCUAGUUUGAGAAUGUGCUCAUCAGCCCAGCAGCAACACCGCACACGGGAGGCAGUCAGCCCUCAUUGUCCCCGCCCCAGCCCCCCACCAGUCUGCUCCCUGUCUCUGGAUUGGAUCCCUGUGGACGUUUCACGUGAAUGGGCUCCCACAACGUGUGGCCUCUGGUGAUUGGCCUCGCUCGUGGGCGCGGCGAUCUUGGGGUUCACCCGUGAUGUAGCAUGUAGCAGUGUCUCAUUCUUUCUGCAGAUGAUUAACAGUCCCCUGUGCAGGUGCACCGGCCUGUUGCAUGAGGGUAAACUGAGUUUCAGAGGCUGCGUAGGGGGAGUCAGACUUGAAGAGCCUCACUCAGGACACUGCCACUGCACCUGGGCUCUGGUUUUCAUCCGGAAUCACACCCGCGCCCUGUUACCUGCUGUGGGCCCUCCGGCCUUCACCUCCCUCCUCUGUUCCCCACCCCCACCCCGAAGGGCAGGGACAUGGCAGCUGUGAGGCCCAACCUGGGCCGAGUCCUCCCUGGGUCGUCUGUCCUCUUCCUGUGUGACAUGCAGGAGAAGUUCCGCCAUGUCGCCUACUUCCCCCAGAUAGUCUCUGUGGCCGCCCGCAUGCUCAAGGUGGCCAGGCUGCUGGAGGUACCGGCUGUGCUGACGGAGCAGUACCCAGAAGGCCUGGGCCCCACGGUGCCCGAGCUGGGUGCUGAAGGCCUGCGGCCGCUGGCCAAAACUUGCUUCAGCAUGGUGCCCGCGGUGCAACAGGAGCUAGACGCGCGGCCCCAGCUGCGCUCCGUGCUCCUCUGUGGCAUUGAGACCCAGGCCUGCAUCUUGAACACGACCUUGGACCUCCUGGACCGGGGGCUGCAGGUCCAUGUGGUGGUGGAUGCCUGCUCGUCCCGCAGCCAGGUGGACAGGCUGGUGGCACUGGCCCGGAUGCGGCAGAGCGGCGCCUUCCUCUCCACCAGUGAGGGGCUCAUUCUGCAGCUGGUGGGUGACGCCGCCCACCCCCAGUUUAAGGAGAUCCAGAAGAUCAUCAAGGAGCCCGCGCCAGACAGCGGGCUGCUGGGCCUCUUCCAAGGCCAGAACCCCCUCUUCCGCUGAACUCCUCACCCCGAAGACCACCCUCCUGUCAUCUGGACCUCAGUGGAAUCACUUUGCCCCCAUCCUCGGAAUCCCAACAGUGGUGCAGUCCACCGGGAGCGCCACCCCCUCGGGAGGGGAGGUGGAGAGCUGCCUUGCCAUUGGGCCGGAGCUCCCGGAAAUGCAAAUGAGACUCGUGGAAGCUGGGCGGCAGUUGGCUGAGCAGAGCUGGGGGCGGGGCUCGGCCCCGGGCCACUUCAAGAGGCGGGAAGGGGAGGGGGAGGGAGUGUCACAGGCUGUGGGACCCGGACUUGCCGAAUAAACAUUGAUGUGGCUGUGGGCCGAA